UAUGGGUAUGCAUUCUUCAUUUUGUACCGCGGAUAUUUCGGAAGAAAGUCGAUCUGCUUGUCCUUAUAUCCUACUUUACCAAGUCGUUUAGGAUGGUUCCGGAGUGCUAAAGGUGUUGAAACCGGUGCUGUGCGAUUGUUACCACCUCCAUCGUCAGUUAAAAUAAGUAGACUUCAAUGCACAUCGAAGAUAGCUGUGUAGGACACUGGUGAUAUCUUGGCGCGACUUCGGAUUUUUCUUGCAAGUUGUGUCGUCCUGAGGAAGGAGUGAAAAUAUGGGGGAUGUAGACAUCGACAAGGUGGUCAAAAAGACUCAAGACACUCUCGGCAAAUUCGUGAAGAAGCCGCCACUUACGGAGAAGCUCCUGAAGAAACCGCCCUUCCGAUUUUUGCACGAUAUCUUCACAGAGCUGAUACGAUCCAGUGGCUACAUGAAAGGGCUGUAUGGUGACAGUGAAAUGGUCUCUGCAAAUGUUAAGGAAAAAGACAGCAAGAUUGCCUUCUUACAGAAAGCUAUAGAUGUUACUGUGAUGGUGACAGGCGAGCAAUGUUCAGUUCGGCCCUCCAAAGUUGUAGCAGGACACGAACCUGAGAAGACGAACGAAUUGCUACAACUCAUGGCCAAGGCCAUUAAGAACAAGAUGAAUAGUGAUGAGGCAGUACAGCGAGUUCUGAAUGGGGAGAAGCCCGGAUCGGGCAAACCACCCACCGGCAAGAAAGGCGACAAAAGCGAACACAGAAGCCGUGACAAGGACAAGGAUAAAGACAGAAGACGUCACCAUGAAAAAGACAAGGAGGACAAGAAGGGUUCUGGUAGCAGGGACCGAGCCAAGGAGCGCAGCAAAGACAGGAGCAGGAGCGCAGACAAGCGAGAGAAGGAGGAGAGACGAGAGAAGAAGGACAGGGAGAAGGAGAACGAGGGAGGGAAGGACAGGAAAGACAGACAGCAGAGGAAAGAGGAGGAACGAGAGGAGAAGUCUUCAGAGAAGAAGGAGACACCAUCAGAACCUGACAAGGCAGCAGGCGGGGAACAGGAGGAGGAGGAGGGAGAGCAGGUAGCCAGCCGUAUCCCCCGGCCCUCGUCAGCCAAGGGACAGAGACGCAGACAUGCCCGCGAAGGGGAUGGUUCAGAUGGAGAAGCAGACCAGACUCCUGACACACAGGGCGACGCCGGACACGCGGAAAUGAACGGGGAAGUCAACGGGACGGACGAGCUGCCUCCACAAGUCAUCGCAAGUCGGAAGAUUCCUCGUCCAGGCAGCGCCCGGCCGGCGGCUCCCAGGAGAACCAGAAGACCAGAACCACAGGAGGACCCCAGUGCAAGGAUAGGGAGUGGUAAACAAGUGGCAAGUGUCAUCAUCGACGAUGGUGGAAAUUCAGAUGAUGAUGAUGAUGAUGAGACAUUUGUUGUGGAAGACUCAGGUCCUGUACCACCUGAAAUGGAGCCUUUGGAGCCCACCUCAGGAGAAGUGGCUGAUGAUGGGGAACAUGGAGGUCUGGUCAGAAAAAUCCUGGAGACCAAGAAGGAGCUGGAGGGACAACCCAAGUCUUCACACAAGAAGGAGCCGGAGAAGCCCCUAGUUUCAGACGCAGCCUGGAGGAAGGAGAGAGAAAUGGUGUCUAAAGAGGUGGAGAAGCUACGGGCAGCCAUCCAGGUUCUCUGUCGGAGUGCCAACCCGCUUGGUAAAGUCAUGGAUUAUGUGCAGGAAGACAUGGAUGCCAUGCAGAAGGAGCUGGAGGUUUGGCGGAAGGAAAACAAGGAGCUGGACAUGGCGAUUAAAAGGGAACAAAGUAUCACCAACAGUGAGGUAGAGCCACUGAAGGCCCAGUUGUCCGAGCUAGACCAAGCCAUGGCUGACCAACUGGACCAGAUCGCUGCAGUCAAGGCCAAUAUCAUGCGCAAUGACGACAAAAUCAACAAGAUGAUGGCCAGUAUGAACUUCGCCUCCAGAACCUAGCACAAACAACUCUGUACAGACCACGUUUUUUGGGGGGUGGUUAUAAUCAGGAAGACAAGUUUGUCUGUUUUUUGUUGUUGUACAAAUGCUGACGAUGGUCAUUUUGGUAGCCAAGUGACUUAACUGGUAAAUUGUGCUGACAUUGGCAACAGUUUUUUUCUUUUUCUCAAGGAAAGGCUGUCUCUGAUGCUAUGGAGAAGUAAGAUGAAGUAAUGUCAGCCCCAUUUACUUGGUGUACACUGAAAGGGAAAGCGUAAGAUUAGUAUUGUACAUUCCAGAAUUUCCUCCCUGUACAUUUAAGCUAAAGGUGAGUAUGAUGGGUCAGUCAGUCUUUGGAUGCCACCUUUUUUUCGUAUUAAGAGAGUGAAAAUAUGAGGUAGAAAAAAUUUACAAUUGUAAAUAAGACUGUAGUAAAAUAGGAAAAAAUGAAAUUGCAAAAUGUUGUCACAUCAGUAACUUAAAGUUUGUGGUUCAGAAAAAAUAUAUGUGGAUGUUGUUUUGUGAGUAGAGGAACUAUCAUGAAUGUUUAUGUGGAUUAUAGCAAAGUAGCCAGAAUUUGAGAUAUGUCCUAGCCUGAUUGUAAGGGAUGUUCUUAUUGUGUAUAUUCUGCUACCCAGUUACAAUCGAGAUUGUAUAUAUUUCUUGAAUACUCUGCUGACAAUAACUGGAGAAAUUGUGUUAACAUUAUACAUCACUUAAUACUUUGUCAGAUGCAGCCAAAAGCUUGCAUGAAAUAUGCUGUAGAUUCAGAAGUAGAAACCAUCGACAGGAUAUGUACACACAAUGUUGGCCCAGAACAAGGAUAUUACCUGUUGCAAAAUUGGUAUUUAAAAUGCCGUAGCCAAUGAACUUGUCUCACUUCUCAGUGGAGGAUUCUUAUUGGUUGACUUUUGCUGUUGUGACAACAUCACUGUGACAUGAUCACACUUCUCAACAUACUGUACAUUUUGUACAAUACAUUGUUGAUUUACACUGUAGUGCAUAGGGCAGGGUCCAUCAGUUCAAUAGGCCUUGGGCCACACAGUAGUGCAAUCACUACAGCAGGGGGCUAGUCCACUG